AUGGACGUCAUUCUUGACAUCCUGGACACUUUUGUCUUUGACAGAUGCUAUGCAUCUCUCUUACCAGAUCCAACAUUCCACAAUACAACAGCAUUCGAACUACAAGCGCCCGUCAAUCAGCAUGUGACGAAAUACUUUCCACUUCAAGCAUCCGAAUUAGCAUAUGCAAGUGAAUGGAAACGGGAUAACAUCGCUCGACAAUACAUUUCCUUUUUUCUGAUUGCACUAAUCUUCGCCUGGCUCCUUUACCUCGUGGGCAGCUUCGUCCUCUACGAAACAAUGUUCGACAAGAGAAUCAUGCAGCAUCCCCGUUUUCUCAAGAAUCAAAUCCGACAAGAGAUCACUCAAGGCAUAACCUCCAUCCCGAUCAUCUCGCUCCUUACAGCACCAUUCUUCGUUGCCGAGACUCGUGGCUUCUCCAAACUAUACGAUUUCUCCUCCCAGUCCCCAUUCUGGGGCUAUACAUUACUACAAUAUCCGCUCUUCAUUCUUUUCACCGAUAGCGGGAUCUACUGGAUUCACCGUGGCCUUCAUCAUCCGCUUGUAUAUCGCUGGUGCCAUAAGCCCCAUCAUAAAUGGGUUGUCCCGACACCAUUUGCAAGCUACGCAUUUCACCCCUUAGAUGGAUGGGCGCAGUCUCUGCCAUAUCAUAUUUUUCCAAUGUUGUUUCCCUUGCAGAAGUGUGCAUAUUUGGGACUUUUCGUCUUUGUGACACUAUGGACAGUUUUAAUUCAUGAUGCGGAGUACUUGUCUACUUCGAAGAUUAUUAACGGCGCCGCUUGUCAUACCAUGCAUCAUCUUUACUUCAACUACAACUAUGGUCAGUAUAUUACCCUCUGGGAUCGUCUGGGAGGUACUUAUCGCACGCCUGAGGAGGACUCAUUUAAGAAAAAGCAGAAUGAGGAGCAGGCGGCGUUGGCUGCCAAGAAGCGUUUAUAA